GGAAGUGUCGGGGCCGAGGCCGGCGGUGAGGAGGGUGCUGAAGAUGGCAGGCAGCUCCACUCCUUGGAUUGGCAGUGCUUAUCUCUUCCUUCAAUCGACCUGCAAGACCAUCGCUCUGCCGUCCCUCUACGAGAGCUCCCAGAAGAAGCCUUGUGUGUUCAAGGCCCUGAAGCUGGCAUUAGCAGACUCCACCGGCAGUGUGAAUGGUGUGGACAUGCUCAAGGUGCACUGCAGCCACCCACACCUCAUAGUCCAGCUCAAGUUCUGCAAGCAGGAGAACUGCCGCCGCUUCCUGCGGAGUUACCGGGAAGGAGCGCUCCAGAACUCCCUCCAGAGUCACCUCCAGCUCUCCCUGGCCACAACCACGGUGCCUCUCAAAGUGGAGCUGAAGGCUGGCAGUGAGCACCUUGACAAGAUGCUGAAGGAUGAGGAUCGUUGCCUGGAGUACAUCUACAGAGAAAAGCCUGACCGUCUGCCAGAUGAGGAGAUCACAGAGCUGGAGGAAUGCCUCAAGAGCUUGAUGCUUCACCAGAGCACCAACAACAAUGUGGCUGGAAAAGACUGCUCAUCUCUGAAGUCCCCAUGUCAGCCUUAUCCUCCUCAAAGCAGCUCCCUUCCCACACAACUCACCUUCAUCUUUCAGGGACAGCAGUUUGACAACAGAACAAUCACUCCAGAUGACCACCAGAAGUUUGCCAAGUCCGUGUCCAAGAAGUGGAAGCAAGUGGGUCGCUCUCUGCAGAAAUCCUGCCGGGCCCUGCGUGACCCUGCCAUUGACAACCUGGCACUGGAGUAUGACAGAGAGGGACUCUAUGAACAAGCCUACCAAAUGCUCCUCAGGUUCAUCCAGUCCGAGGGCAAGAAGGCCACAAUAGCGCGGCUGAUCGCAGCCCUGGAGGAAAAUGGUCUCGUCAGCUUGGCUGAGGAGCUCUUGGGCCUCCAUUCCAGUGAGGACUGCUCCUAGAGCCCAGAGGACAGUGCCAUUGCUAAGGGCUUUCCUGCUUUAGCUACUGUAUGAAACUGCUGCCAGUGUCUGGGAAUGCAAAGUCCUGAAUAUCACCACAGGUUUCCAUCUAGGUGGAAAUGCUCAGGGGAGAGGUUCUGUGUUUGGACCUCUGACUUUCCUUAUUUCAUCAUUUCCAGAAAUAGAGCACUACCUUCCUGUGAACUGGUGAGAGGCUUUCACCUUGACUUCCUGGAGGACUGAGGGAAGGGAAGGUAACUUCCUUCAGGACUGUGACAGGGAAGCAGUCAGCCAGAGAGCCUUGGGGGAGAAUGAGGGAGAGGAAAAAGCAAGCAAGGUUUCUUAUAGAAUUUCUCUGGGAAGCAGACAAUACCACUGCUUCCCAGGCUGUGUCCAGGGCCAUCACCUGGAGAGCUGCAAUAUAUUUUUGUAUUGGAAAUAUUUUUUCCCUCAGCCAUGACAUCAAGUAAAAACAAAGAGGAAAGUAAGGAAAAGUCAAUUUUACGUUAUUUUCCUUCUUUGUUUGAAGAACGAAGAACAUCCAUGGCAAGAGUAUCUGUUUUACCCUGAUCUAUUAUAGCUCCUUCCUACCUCUCACCACCUGAAAGCUUUCCUUCUACCUGGGACAGCCAUAAUCUUCCACAGGGCAAAAGAGUGAUGCUGCACAACAUGCCAGGCACUGAACAAACAAUAUGGACAAACUCAAAUUCAGACAAUAAUUGUCAACAUUUUCUCAUCUGUGGUAGACAGUAAUAUGUUGAUUAGCUCUUGGCUGCCAGCCUGAGGGAGCCUGCAGCUAUGGAAAGCAAAACAGUGCUGGAAGGAAAAGAGUCUCCCCAUCAGCAAGUUACUUGUGCAUGGAUCGGAACUGCUGCCCUCAGGUGCACGGCAGCAUCGAAUGCUGUCCUCAGACCACAGAGCUGAACAAUCAGCAGAGCCAGCUGGCUGCUCGUGCCUUCACUCACUUCCUAACCAGCCACCCUCAUCCUGCUGGGCCCAGGAUGGGACAGCUCACCCUGCUGUGUCCCACAGCUGUCAGGAUCUAGAGAGAGCCUUUCUCUGGCACUGCUGUCACUGUGUGACAAUCGAGCAUCAUCUGCCACCGUGCCUGGAUUUACCUGCACUGAUUUUUAGGGUAAAAAUGGUUUAAGAGACAAAUCUCCCAAACCCCAGGGCUGACCCCUGCCUUCAGUUCUCAUGGGAGAAGCUGACUGUCUCCUGGUAUGGCUGAUGCAGACUGCAACAGAGCAGCUGCACUUCUGCCGUAACAAAGCACAGAGCAACGAGUGUCUGGCACGGCACAGGUCCCAUGAAGCACAACAGCAGCUCAAUUACCUUUGAUAUAUUCCCAGUGCUUUCCUGAUAGGUUUUUACUAAUGUUUUUCCAUUAACUCUAUCCUUUUUUGCCCUUCCCAUCUGUGGGAAUAGCCAGUGGGCUGUGGAAAUGUUUUCAGAAGCAGAGGGGGACUCUGGCCACACACACAAAGUCUGUGUGCACAUGAGAAUAUAAGUCAUGAUAGAGGUCAUGAUAGGAGCAACUUUGAGUCAGUGCCUGAUGGCCUUUUAAACCACAACUCGCAUCUUACUCCUUCCCUGGAGUCAAAACUGUAAGGAGGAACAUAACCUCAGAUUCAGGUGUGGGCUCAGAUCCAGUAUCCUGGGGCUGGAACACCUGAGCAUCAAUCACUGGAGACCUGGAUGGGCAGGAUUUAGAUGGCCUGCUUCAAGCCAGCUGGGAUCCACAUGCCUCAGAUGAGCUGAGUAUCACAUCCUUAGUGUAAACCAGAGAAACAUGACUUGUUUUCUGCAGAUUCUGAACCCCCAAGGUUACAUACAGAGCCAGGAAAGGAAAGGAAGGGUUAAGUAUGGAGAGAAGGUUUUCAUGGUGUGAGUGAAUGUGCUUCCAUCUUGCCCCAAGUUUCCAAGGAAGCAGGACUCGUGCAGGCACCAUCUUUGCAAAGACCGUGGCUCCAUCACCUUUUAUUAAGCCAUUUGAUAUCAAUGCCAUUGCAGUUUCACCUCCUCCAUUCCUGUUCCACAUCCUACCCUCUCCCUUCCAGUAGUACCAGUGCUCUUCGCAAAUUGAAGCAAUUACCUCUCUGACAGUUUUGCUUUUGGGACCAACACAGAGGUGCUGAUCUUAGCUAAUUUAGGCUGCUGUGGAACUAUACCUCAAAGCAUUUAACUUUCCUGCCAAAUCCCAGCUGGGGAACUCUGGCAGAAACCCACCUGACAAAUUGUAUUUUAAAACUUUAAAAAUCAAAAACUUGAAAAUUACUUUAAGAGCAAAAGAGUUUGCUCUUGAUUUUGCAGAAAUUACUUUUUUAAGAAAACAAGGUCUUAUGCAUAACCUGCUGUCUCAUUUGCAAUUAAUAUUUCUAAGCUCUCAGACCAGCUAUUCAUGUGCACAACUUGCACAUAUAGUUACAAGGCACCACUGAGUAGUGAGAGUUACUAGUUUUUGUAGCAGCUGUUAAUGCUCAAAAUGAGAAGGUCUUAUUAUUCAGUAUCUACUUCAAGUCCAGAAAACUUUUUUGUUGCUGUUACUCUUUUACAGAAGAUUAACCAUGAAUGCUUUCUUCUGAAUGCAAGCGUUGUGCAUUUUCUUUCUGCCGGUAACUGGUGUGUGUAUUUCCUCUUACUCACAUAUUCCCUGUCAGAAGUGCCAUUAAGUGCUGGAACCCCUGGCAACCUUUCUGGAAUAUCAUAAUCUCUAACAGCAUUCACAGGUGCCUUCAUUGCAGAGACUUGAAGGAAAAGGGUUUUUCAGUGGUGUUCCAUGGUGAAAUGGUCUCACCAUGACAUGGUUUAGGACAUAGCAGUGGCUGUUUCAUACCUCCUUUCCCAUGACCAAUCAUCAUCAUGGUGGGAGAUAAGCCAUGGGCAGUGCUGCUGCUGGAGAAAUUUGCCUUAUCCCAGUAACUGCUCUCCUCCAUAUACUGAGAUAUAUCUGUGAAAAGGAAAAAUUCAGGGGUGAUGGUAGUGUUUCAGAACCAAAUAUAAUAUUAAAAGCAAAUAAAGGUGCUAAUCAGUUGCAUAUAAAAUCUAAAACAAAAAACAACCAUAAAAUAAGCAGCAGAAAUCAGGCCAAAAUGUGCUUGCAGGAGGAGAUCCAAGAAGGCUUUUUUUUCUGGUUGUUUUCAUAGUUUUAACCAUGUUUCAGAUUUGAAUGAGUCUCCAUUCAGUCUGCCUGAAGGAAUAAAAGAUCCAUCCAAAGGAGAAUUUGAAUGAUUUGUUUUGGCAUAGCUGACCUACAGGGUUCAAACAGAUGAUAACAAAGAGGAGAUUGAAGUUAAAAUGCUCACCAGAUAUACUUUGACAUGAGGCACCUAUAGAAGCAAACCUGACAGGAUACCCCAAUACAGAAUUUUCUCAAAGGAAAAGAUCUGCUGUUUUGCCAUAUUUCAAAGGCAGGUUCAGCAUUGAGGAACUGUCCUGCUGUCUGGGUCACUGUCUCCCCUCUGCUAUUCCCAAAGGAACCAUACCCCAGUAGCUGCCCACAGACUCUGAAACCAGAAGUGAGCAUGGGCAGAAUGAGGAGCCUCAAAUUCACUUAAAUUGCUGAUUUAUUUAACUGAAAAUUCUGGUGAAUCUGUGGUAUUUUAUCUGGUAUCCUUAAACCAAGGAGGUACAAGAAGAGGAAUCAAGAGGGUUUCUUGAGUCUAAGCCACAUAUUGGAGUGUGUGCAUGACACUGGUGCUUUACACUGGACAGGAGUCUGGCCAUAUGUCUUUUGUAUAGAGAUGAACUCAAACAGUGAAGCAAUAUAAGACCUGGAGUAAAAAAAAAAAGUAUUUUUUUCUUCUCUGGAUUGAAUUUUAAACCCACUGCAGGGAGCUGGCUGUACAUCUCUAAUAGAAGCCAGUAUGAGAUGUGUGGUUAAUGUCUCUUAGUUUUCAGUGAAAAAAAAUCCCUUGUUAACCUUCUAAUUCCAAAUUCCCAAUUUAUUUAGCAUCAGAUCUGGAUCAGCUGUGUACAGCUAUGCAGGCAUAUGUACUGCAAUGCCAGGUAUACUUGGGUCUAGGACAUUCAGCCUCCAAGGAAUUGUCUUUUAUAGAAA